CAAUGUUAUAAUUUAAUAUUAGAUCAUAAUAGGUUAAAUUGUAUUGUGUAAUUGUUACUAUGUGGCAUUUCAUCAGACCUGUUUUAAUUCGGACAAACUGUUAUACAUUACAUAAUGGUCACCAGCUGAAAGCAUUUGACAGAACGUUUAUGUUCAGAACCUUUAAGACCGGCACUGGAAAACCUAAACAAGGAUUGUCUAAGAUUAAAAUUGCUCUUAUUGCAGCAGCAGCUGGUAUUACAACUGGAACUGUUUAUUCCUUCUUCAAGACAAAUCAACAAAAGUCAGCAUUGUUAAAUCCAGUUCAGGGAAAUACUGUAACUUUAUUGGAUGAAUUACCUAAUGUUAAAAUUUCCAAACAAGUAAGGUAUCCAACAGACUCUUCUGGGCUGAAAAUAAUUUUGUUCCAAUAUACUACUUGCCCAUUUUGUUGCAAAGUUCGUGCCUUUCUGGACUAUUAUGGUAUUUCCUAUGAUUUGGUAGAAGUUGAUUCAGUUUUUAGACAACAGCUUAAGUGGACAGACUACAAAAAAGUUCCUGUAGUACUUGUUAAAAUUGGUGAUAAGUAUAUACAAUUGAAUGACAGUUCGAUGAUAAUAUCAGCGUUAACAUCACAUCUUAACGACAAAGAAGUAUCUCUCGAAGAAGUCAGUAAUUAUUAUCCGAGCAUGUCAUAUGUUGAUGAUGAUGGAAAAAUAAGAAAUGAGAUAUUAAAUCGAUAUUAUUUAAUGUUCCAAAGGAGUAUUGCAUCUGAAUCAAAAAAUGAAAGUCUUAAUCAGGAAAGAAAAUGGAGGCGAUGGGCUGAUGAGGUUCUCGUUCAUAUGCUUUCUCCAAAUGUUUACCGAACUACAGAAGAAGCACUUCAAGCUUUCAAAUGGUUUUCAGAGAUUGGUGAAUGGGAUAAAAAUUUUAAUGCCGUCGAAGAACUGUUUGUUGUAUACAUAGGCGCCUUAGCUAUGUGGAUGAUUGGUAAACGUUUAAAGAAAAGGCAUCGUCUUAAGGAUGACGUCCGUCUUUCAUUAUACGAGGAAACCAAUAAGUGGUUAAAGGAAGUGAAGAAGAAGGGAAAUCAGUUCCAUGGAGGGAAAAACCCAGAUUUAGCAGACCUAGCGGUGUUUGGUGUACUUAACAGUAUUGAAGGAUGUAAUGCAUUCAAAGAUCUGCUAUCCAAUACAAGUAUUGAUAAAUGGUACUCGGCAAUGAAAGAGCAGAUCAGUCAACAGGCUGGGACACCUUUACUUGUUCACAGAUAACAUAACUUCUCUGAACAUUUACGAGGAUAUAACCUCCCAACCUGGUAACAAAGAUAUUAGAUGCAAUUUAUAAUACGACUCAUUUCUGCUGUUUAUAUUUUGUUUGUUUUUCACCAAUGUAAAUAAGAUACUUUUGUAUUGUUGAUAAUUUUAAUGUUGUAUAUUAAUCUUCUUUUUAAAAAAAU